CUCAGCCAGACACACUAAACUUAGCUGCAAUCCCCAGCUCCAUAGCUACCGCCACCACCUAGCUGGUUGUCACCUACCCUGGGAGACCCUGCUGCCCCUGACCAGAGCACCUACAUCAGUGACCAUCAUGUCUCAGACCAAAACACUGAAAGUUCGUCUGACCCUCUUCUUCAUCCUGGUGGGUGGCAUGCUGGCCAUGGUGGCCGUGGUGACUGACCACUGGGCUGUGUUGAGCCCCCACUUGGAGCAGCACAAUGUUACCUGUGAGGCGGCCCACUUCGGCCUCUGGAGGAUCUGUACCACUCGUGUUGCCGUGCAGGACAGAAAGGACAAGAGUUGCGAACACAUCACUCUGUCAGGGGAAAAGAACUGCUCCUACUUCAGGCAUUUCAACCCAGGCGAGAGCUCCGAGAUCUUUGAAUUCACCACUCAGAAGGAGUACAGCAUCUCUGCAGCGGCCAUCGCCAUCUUCAGCCUCGGCUUCAUCAUCGUGGGCUCCAUCUGUGCACUUCUGUCCUUUGGGAAUAAGCGUGAUUACCUGCUGAGGCCAGCAUCCAUGUUCUAUGCUUUUGCAGGGCUCUGCCUUGUUGUCUCGGUGGAGGUCAUGAGGCAAUCGGUGAAGCGCAUGAUUGACAGCGAGGACACCGUCUGGAUCGAGCACUACUACUCAUGGUCCUUCGCCUGCGCCUGUGCAGCCUUCAUCCUGCUUUUCCUCGGUGGGCUGUUCCUCCUGCUCUUCUCCCUUCCUCGGAUGCCGCAGAACCCCUGGGAGUCCUGCAUGGAUGCUGAGCCGGAGCACUAGCUGCAGGAAAACCAAGGCCGCCCAGAACCUUUUGGAGGUGAGGCGGGAGUUUUACAUCUGCCCUGGUC